UUUCAAAUGUAAAAUUUUUAUGUUUAUUUGAAAAUUGUUUCAAAAUUAUUGCGAAUAAACACGUUCUGAUAUAAAUGCAGUUGGUAUGAGAGAAGUUACAGACCCAGUGGUACUAUAAACAUCGGGGACUCAUCCGCGGCAUCACAAUGCAUGACACGAUAAUCCGGCUGGCAGAUGUAUGGAAGACGUGCAACAAGAUCCGCGCGGCUGCCUUCCGCGUCGGCCUCAAUCUCUGGGACUGGUACCGACCCCUGGACCCUGAGGGCAACUCCCUCAUAUCAGAGUCGAAGUUUGUAUCAAUAUUGGCUGGUCCGCUGCGAUCGGUGGUGGGGCUGUCCGACUCGGAGAUCGCUCAACUAGCUGACUACUUCCGAGCGCAAGAUGGCCGCGUGCUGUACCACCAGCUCUGCCAGAUUAUACACGGGGAAGACGCUGGGGGUCGGGACAAGACCUCUGCUGACUGCAUAUUGGAGGCGUGUCCCCCGCCGCCCGAGCCAGCCUGCCACACGCUGGACCAGUGGCAGACCCGGCGGCUGUGCUGCCUGCUCGCCACCAUCGCCGACAGGGACCUGCCACUCAAGCCAUACUUCCAGGACUACGAACUGGUCGCUAAGAACGACGGGAGGAUAACGUUCGCCCACUUCGCGCGGAUCCUGAACUACAUCGGUGUGGUAGUGACGGCGGAUGACUUCAACCUGCUCGUGCGCAAGUUCAUAAAAGACUCGUACACUAUCGACUACGUGGAGUUCCUCCGAGCUGUCGACGCCGUCAAAAAGCAAGGCGUGCAGGGACUGGGGCCGGAGUAUCAGAACCCCAGUGCAGUGAUUGACACCACGCUGCCGAAGCUGGUGCGGCCUGAGGUGGAGGCCGGGCUGUCCACCGCGCCGCUCGGCUUCCAGGAGACCUUCCACCCAGCGCUAACACAGCCACACCCGCCGAGACAGCUCAUCGACCUCAUGCUCAGAGUCCAGGAGUUCGUGCUACAGAGACGCAUUAGAGUUUCAGAGUUCUUAAGAGACUACGACCCACUGAACAGCGGCCGCAUCGCCCCGCAGCAGUUCCGGCGCGGGCUGGACGCCAUGGGGCUGGGCAGCGUGCUGUCGCAGCAGGAGAUGCUGUGCAUCAUGCGCCACUACCUCGACCCCAACGAUAGCCAGCACGUAUGCUGGAGAACCUUCGAGGAUGACUGCGACCAAGUGUUCACAAUAAAGGAGCUAGAGAAGCACCCUGGGGCCAUAGCGGGCUCGGCACGCGAGGCGGUGCUAGAGCUGCCGCCGCGCGGGGCGGCGCCCGACCGCGGCGAGGGCGAGACUGUCGACGACCUGGACGCCGCACAGGCCGCGCUACUACGCGUGCGCGCUGCCUGCACCGAGCGCGCCAUCGACCUGCGCCCCGCUUUUUGCGAGCACGACGAGCACAACAACGGGCACGUGUCGCGCGCGCAGGUGCGGCGCGUGCUGGCGCGCCUGGGCGUGCUGCCCUCUGCGCAGCAGGUGCGGGCGCUUGAGGCGCGCUACCUCGACGACUGCGGCUUCAGCUACGUGCGGCUACUGGACGAGAUGGUGGAGCGGCCGGUGGAGAGCGCCACUAUCGCGGGGCCGGGGCCGGCGCCCCGCAGCGCGCGGUCUUCCACCGUGGACCCGCUGGAGACAGACAUCGUGCAGAUACUCGCCAAGAUCAAAGGCAAGAUGGUACGGGAGGGUGUGCGUCCGAGAGAAUUCCUCAAACAGUUCGAUCCUCGCAACGAGCUGGUGAUCCCGCGUGCCGACUUCUACCGAGGUCUCGCGUCCGCCGGCCUCUCCCUCACCCCACUCGAGAUGGACACGCUCAUGGAGGUGUUCUGCGCGCCAGCACGGCGCCGCUACGUAGAGUACGAGCGGUUCUGCAGUACGGUGGGCGAGGCGCUGACGCAGUCAGGGCUGGAACGCGCGCCCCUACUGGAACCCGUCCCUCACGUGCCCACCCUCGACUCGCCACUCAACUUUCUCAACUUCGAGGAGCGGAACAUUGUCUCUGGCGCACUCAAAAAACUCUCAAAGUUCCCCGACCAACUCUCCAACAUUCUCGAGGUGUUUGAGGACAUGGACAAGGAGCGCUGCGGCAGCAUCCCGCGCGUGUCGGUGGAGCGCGCGCUGUGCCAGCGGAACCUGCUGGCGCUGGUGUCGGCGCGCGAGCGGGACCUGCUCUACAAAUGCUUCGGAUACAGGCGCGGCUGCGGAGACGAGGUGAACUACCGCGCACUAUGCAACGCUCUGUCGAUACUUUACGCCACGGCGAGCGCCCAGCCCUGCUGAGCCGCCGCCAUGGACUAGCUGGGCACCGACACCACAAUACUGUGCUCCAGUGCUGCAAUGUCCUGUAUUCUACUAUGUCUGUGAUCACAUGAACCCCUUUACAUUCUCUCUCUAUACUCAAUGUAGGUGUCCCUAUAGGUAUUGUAUCUAAUGACAAUAAAGGAAAUACAAACUUUAAAGAAACUGACUUUUAUUCAACAAUAUGUUUAUAACAAUGCAAUGAAGUUAAGGUCAAAAUAAUUGUAGUUUAAUUUGAUAAUAGAUAGACAUUUUAAAACAAUUAUACAAAAAAUGAUGUGAAUGAGACAAUGCAAGCCAAGACGUUACACAAAUUGAUUAAAAAUCAUUUUGUUUUAGUUACGUCGUGUUUCAAUAGUUAGGUAUUAUUAGGAAUGAACAAAAAAUAUUUAAUACUGCGGCGGCGUCGACAUUGACGUGGGCUGGUCGGAAGUUUCAGCAACAGUACUUUCAGCGACUGGAGUAGGAGUUUCAGAAUAUAUGACAGUGGUAUCAGUAGGUAGUGCUGUGCUGUCAGUGGGAUGUAGUGUGGGCCGCGGGCGAGGAGGAGGACCGGCCGUGCAGUUGACGUUGUUUGGCCAGUCGCAGACUAGUAGUUCCGGGUUGAAGUGCAGGCCGGCAGGACAGCGGCGGCACACCAGGGGGAUGCCGAUGCCGAUGCUGCUGCA